AUGUCCGCUCUUCAUGCAGCUCCUACGGAUACCUUCGGCAUACAGCAACCUGUCACUGCGACCCAAGGCCCUAAAUAUGUCAGAGAGGACAGUGCAGCCACAGAUAGUGAUGGAUCGAUAGAGCAAAUUCGAGAAGAGGUCGAGUAUGAGGAGGACGACGCUCAAGACAAAGAAGAAAUUGAUGAAUCAGUGAAAGAAGACAUGAGAAAACUCGAGGACACAUUUCCCGGCAUAUCUGAUAGAUUUCGGCUGUUGAAUAGAAUCGGAGAAGGUACCUUUUCCACGGUGUACAAAGCAGAGGACCUCUUAUACGACCACUAUGAAAACGACUGGGACACCUUCCAAGGCAACCAUACGGACAGUUGGACGGACCAACCUUCUAAGAGACGCCGGGUGGAAGGUGACAACGGCCGCUCGAUUUCCGUUAAACGAAGGAAGCCACGGUUCGUUGCAUUGAAAAAGAUCUAUGUGACCAGUAGUCCCCAUCGCAUUCAAAAUGAACUUGAACUGCUACAUGAUCUUCGGGGUUGCCGAUCAGUAUGUCCGUUAAUCACGGCUUUCCGCUAUCAGGAUCAAGUCGUGGCCGUUCUACCCUUCUUUCCACACACCGACUUUCGCAUUCAGUAUCGCACAUUCCUGGUUGCUGAUAUGCGACAUUAUUUCCGGUCUCUAUUCACUGCACUGCACUCGGUCCAUAAACAUAACAUUCUCCAUCGCGAUAUCAAACCAACUAAUUUUCUCUAUAAUCCUGAUCUUCGGGAAGGCGUGUUAGUCGAUUUUGGACUUGCGGAACGUGAGGGUUCUGAGUACACAGGUACCUGCCUGUGCGCAAAUGCAGCUUACAUACGCCGUAGUAGAUAUAACCACAGUUAUCACAACACUCAUUGUUCUCCGACGACAUUGUCAGCUGGCUAUCCCAAGAACGACUCACGACCAUCAAGGCGCGCUAAUCGAGCAGGAACGCGUGGGUUUCGUGCACCUGAAGUCCUCUUCAAGUGCACUUCUCAGACAACCAAAAUAGAUAUGUGGUCUGCCGGCGUCGUUCUCUUGACCCUACUUGGACGCCGCUUUCCUUUCUUUAACUCGGCUGAUGAUGUUGACGCUAUGAUUGAGAUGGCGAGUAUCUUCGGCACCCGACGCAUGAAAGCUGCAGCAGCCAUGCAUGGGCAGAUAUUCGAAACAAACAUCCCUACCAUCGGUGAAAAGGGGUAUAGCUGGGAGAAACUUGUAAAAUGGGCCAGCUGUGUUGAAGAGCUAACUGAAAGUGAGAAACAGGCCACUCGAUUGUUGGCUGGCCUCAUGGAGCUGGAUCCCUACAAGCGUCUGAGUGCCAAGGAAGCCCUACAACAUGAGUUUUUCACUGACCCUAUAGAUCAUGAUGUGGAGUGGGGAGGGGACCCCGAUGAUAGUGCAGACACUGGGGAAGAAGAUGAGGAUAAAGAUGACGGAGAAGCGGACGAAGUAGCAAUGAUAUAG